GUUGCGCAUUUCCGUUACCAUGACGUCACUUCUGGAUGUCAAUAUGCGGCUCGGUGCGGCGCUGGGAAACGGAACCACUGGAAGGAUGUAAACCCAGCAACCAGCGAAGACCAGCCUACAAGAAGACCCCAAACCUUACUGCAGGGAACCCGUACCCUCUGUCCGGUUCACAGACCCCCCUCAGCGGCUCUCUCUGGGUCCCUGUCCCCCCCCUGAAGCAGCAGAGCUCCAGCCUCCCAGCCUCUCAGCCUCCCAGCAGCCAUCUUUACAGGGAGAAUGUUCGGGGCCACACGGCGGGCCUGCUCGGGCUCUGUCCGGGCCCGGGUGAUGCUGAGCCCCGCGCUGCUGCUCUGGGUCACCGGGCUGCUGCUGUCCGCCCUGCCGGGACUCACGGAGGGGAAGGACUGCGACAAACCGUGCAUGAACGGGCAGUGCAACACGGCCACCGGGAACUGUGUCUGCUUCCCCGGCUGGGUCGGGGACCAAUGCCAGCACUGCGGAGGGCGCUUCAGGUUGACGGGGCCCUUUGGUCAGCUGACUGAUGGUCCAGGAAACUACAAGUACAAGACAAAGUGCACCUGGCUGAUCGAGGGACAGCCCAACACCAUCCUCCGAUUGCGCUUCAACCACUUUGCCACCGAGUGCAGCUGGGACCACCUCUACGUGUACGAUGGAGACUCCAUCUACGCCCCCCUGCUCGCCGCUUUCAGCGGUCUGAUUGUUCCUGAGCGUUAUGGGAAUGAGACAGUUCCUGAGGUGGUGUCUCAGUCCGGCUACGCCCUGCUGCACUUCUUCAGCGAUGCAGCGUACAACCUGACCGGCUUUAACAUCUCCUACAGAGUGAAUACAUGUCCCAACAACUGCUCCGACCGCGGCGAGUGUCGCGUGCAGAACGCCACCGGCUCGGUGUACUGCGACUGUGAAACCAACUGGAAAGGCGAGGCCUGCGACGUCCCCUCCUGCAUGGGGAACUGCGGCUCCCCUGAAAGAGGUCUCUGUGGGGGCAAAAACUGUGUCUGCAAGGAUGGAUGGCAAGGUCCAGACUGCUCCAUCUCGGUUCCUGCCAACUCCUCCUUCUGGACCCGCGAGGCGUACACCGAGGGCGGGCUGGCCAGGGCUGCUCAUAAGACGGUGGUGGACCAGGGCAUCAUGUGGGUCAUCGGAGGCUACGUCUUUAACUCCUCCGACUAUCACAUGGUCAAAGCGUACAACCUGAGUAAGAAAAGCUGGAUGACCCUUGACCCCUCUGUGAACACCGUCACACCGAGAUACGGCCACUCCCUGGCUCUGCAUGAGGGGAAGAUCUACAUGUAUGGAGGAAAAAUCGACUCCACUGGAAACGUGUCCAGCCAGCUGUGGGUGUUCCACAUCCAGAACCAGACGUGGGUCCUCCUGAGCCCUCGGUCCAAAGAUCAGUACGCCGUGGUGGGACACUCGGCUCACAUCGUGCCUCCUCUCCAGGAAGGAGACAGCCCCAUCAUGCUGGUUCUGUUCGGUCACUGCCCUCUGUACGGCUACGUCAGCCUGGUGCAGGAGUACAACAUCGUGAGGAACGCAUGGAGCUUGGUGAGCACAGACGGGGCGCUGGUGCAGGGCGGUUACGGCCACAGCAGCGUGUUCGACCCCGGCACCAGAGCCAUCUACAUCCACGGAGGCUACAAGGCCUUCAGCGCCAACAAGUACGGCCUGGCUGGAGACCUGUACAAGUUCGACGUGGACAAGAGGAAAUGGACCAUCCUGAGAGACAGCGGCUUCUUCCGGUACCUCCACACCGCCGAGAUCGUGAGCGGAGUGAUGUUAGUGUUUGGAGGAAACACACACAACGACACAUCCAUGAGCCACGGCGCCAAGUGCUUCUCCUCCGACUUCCUGGCCUACAGUCUGGCGUGUGAUGAGUGGACCGUGCUGCCUCGACCGGACCUCUACCAUGACGUCAAUCGCUUCGGACACUCGGCCGUCUUCAGUGACAGUGUGAUGUACGUGUUUGGCGGCUUCAACAGCCUGCUGCUCAGUGACGUCCUCAUGUACACCUCGCCCAGCUGCUUGGCCUUCUCCAGUCCGGCGUCCUGCAGCCAGGCCUGGCCGGGGAUCCACUGCGUCUGGAACAGCACCCAGGGGAGCUGCCUGCCCUGGCAGAGCACCACCAACGGGACUGAGCACCAGAUACCGGCAUCCUGUAACACUCGAUCAUAUGCUGAUAAUGAGAGGUGUGACCAGUACACAGACUGCUACAGUUGCACGGCUAACACCAACGGCUGCCAGUGGUGCACGGGCCAGUGUGUGUCUCUGGGAAGCAACUGCACGUCCGCCAUGGGAGCCAUAGCAGAGUUUGAAGUUUGCCCCAAGGACAAACCGUCAUACGUGUGCAACAAGAAAACCAGCUGCAAGAGCUGCGCUGUGGACCAGAACUGUCAGUGGGAAGCCAGAAACCAGGAGUGCAUCUCACUUCCAGAAAACGUCUGCGGAGAGAGCUGGCAUCUGGUGGGGAACUCCUGCCUGAAGUUCAUCACUGCAAAGGACACGUACGAUAACGCCAAGCUGGCCUGCAGGAGCCACAACGCCGUGCUGGCCUCUCUGACCACGCAGAAGAAGGUGGACUUUGUCCUGAAGGAGCUGCAGAUCAUGAGUGUGGUGUACAAGGCCAUGGUGACGCCCUGGGUGGGACUCAGGAAGAUCAACGUGUCGUACUGGUGCUGGGAGGACAUGUCGCCCUUCACCAAUACCACCCUGCAGUGGCUGCCCGGCGAGCCGAGCGACGCCGGAUUCUGCGGGUACCUGGCCGAGCCGGCGUCCAGCGGACUGAAAGCACAGACCUGCAUCAACCCGGUGAACGGCAGCCUGUGUGAACGACCAGCUAACCACAGCGCCAAGCAGUGCCGGACGCCGUGCGCCAUGAGAGCCACCUGCAGCGAGUGCACCAGCAGCAGCGCCGAGUGUAUGUGGUGCAGCAACAUGAAGCAGUGCGUCGACUCCAACGCCUACGUGGCGUCCUUCCCCUUCGGACAGUGUAUGGAGUGGUACACCAUGAACACUUGUCCACCGGAGAACUGCUCCGGCUACAGAACAUGCGGCCAGUGUCUGGACCAGCCCGGCUGCGGUUGGUGCACCGACCCCAGUAACACGGGCAAAGGGCAGUGCAUCGAGGGCUCGUACCGGGGGCCCUUCCAGACCUCGGUCCCGGCCCCGUCCACCCUCCCCGGUGUGCCGGCCAGCCCCCAGCCUGCCCUCAACACCAGCAUGUGUCCCGGAGAAGCCAAAUACAACUGGUCCUUCAUCCACUGCCCAGCGUGUCAGUGUAACGGUCACAGUCAGUGUGUCAACGAGAGCGUGUGCGAGAAGUGCGAGGACCUGACAACGGGCCGACACUGCGAGAGCUGCAUCUCCGGCUUCUACGGAGAUCCGACCAAUGGGGGCAGCUGCCAGCCCUGCAAGUGUAACGGCCACGCGAGCAUGUGCAACCCCAACAACGGGAAGUGCUUCUGCACCACCAAAGGCAUCAAAGGAGAUCGCUGCCACCUGUGUGAAGUGGAGAACCGUUACCAAGGAAACCCCCUCAAAGGAACAUGCUACUACACGCUCCUCAUCGACUACCAGUUCACCUUCAGUCUGUCGCAGGAGGACGACCGCUACUACACCGCCAUCAACUUCGUGGCCACACCUGAGGAGCCGAACCGGGAUCUGGAUAUGUUCAUUAAUGCGUCCAAGAACUUCAACCUGAACAUCACCUGGGCCACAAGCUUCACAGCAGGCACACAGACCGGGGAGGAGAUCCCUAUUGUCUCUCGGAGCAACAUCAAGGAGUUCAAAGACAGCUUCUCCAACGAGAACUUUGAUUUCCGCAACAGCCCGAACAUAACGUUCUUCGUCUACGUCAGCAACUUCACAUGGCCCAUUAAGAUACAAAUCGCCUUCUCUCAGCACAGUAACUUCAUGGAUCUGGUGCAGUUCUUUGUCACGUUCUUCAGCUGCUUCCUGUCGCUGCUCCUGGUGGCCGCCGUGGUUUGGAAGAUCAAACAGAGCUGCUGGGCGUCACGGCGGAGAGAGCAACUACUGAGGGAGAUGCAGCAGAUGGCCAGCCGCCCUUUCGCCACCAUCAAUGUCGCCUUGGAGACGGAUGAAGAGCCACCUGACCUGAUAGGAGGAAACGUCAAGUCCGUCCCAAAACCCAUCGCCCUCGAGCCUUGCUUUGGCAACAAAGCGGCCGUGCUCUCCAUCUUCGUGCGGCUACCCAGGGGCACCGGCGGCAUCCCUCCUCCAGGACAGUCUGGUUUGGCAGUGGCCAGUGCGCUGGUGGACGUCUCUCAGCAGAUGUGUGUGGGCUACAAAGAGAAGUCUGGAGGCCUGAGGAACCGCAAACAGCAGCCCACCGCACAGCCAUCCACCUGUAUCUGACCACAACCGCCCCACGUCCGCAUCGACCACCAACACCCAAAGCUCUCCCAUCAAUCAGUCCCCCACUCGGCCCCCUCCCUCAAAGACUUCUGCCAGCUCCGCUCUGGCAGGGAGAGGUGCAUGCUGGGAUAGAGGACUGGAACAAUUUGGUGAGGGGCCGAGUUGUACGGCAGACUGGAGCCUCGGGGGGGUGUCCCCUCUCUCUCCUCCUAUGGGAACUGUGGGUCCCAAAAAAACUGAAACUGGACUCAAAGAGAGGGAGAAGGGAAGGGAGGGAGGGAGGGAGGGACAGAGCGGGUGCGUACUUCACCCUUCCCCCUCAAAAAAGAAACAUUUUACAUUUGUCGACACCGCCUCGUUAGAGUCGAGGCGGCCACGGCUUGCUGCUAGAAGAGAUCCUCGUCUCGUAGUUUUUGAGAAAUCCAGAGACUUUGCAACCUGAUAUAUUCUCGUUUCACUUAAGUUAUUGUUGUUCUUUUGUUUUGUAUUGUUUUAAUUUGAAGGCAGGAACAAACUGGACAUGUUCAGCUGCAAAAUGCACACACACAAACACACACACACACACACUUCCAAAUACACAACUUUCCAGUACCCAUUUGUCGCCCGUUGUCACCUGCUGCCACGUUCACAGCUCUGCACUGAGGGCGGGUGUCAGAGGAAUCCUGUACAGUUUGGCCUCCAUGCGAGCUAACAGCAUGUUCAGUCUUCCUUUUAAUGAGGAUCCACUGUAGGAGGCCGGCCAGGCAGCCAAAGCCCAUCUAAAGAGUCUGUGACAUUUCUAAUCGCCUCUGCGUCUUCUGCCGCUGUCUUUUCUCCGUGGCCUGUCUCUCGCUUUGUCUCCGCCUGUCUCUCUCUGGGUUCUCCUCCGCCAUCUGGCUGGCACAGGCUAGCCCACUUUUCUGGCUUCUUUGGCUGCAUGUCUGAGCACAAAACAAGACCACAGGAACAUCUUAUCCUGGUUGGCUGGCUGCGUCGUAAGCCAGGGACGAUUGAAUCUUUUCCAGCUAAUUACUCCUCCAGUUGCAAUAAAACCCGCGGCUCUGCACACACAGGUGCACGCACAAGGCUCUCUCUCACACACGCUGGAAACCCUCUGGUGUUUAAUGAUUGUCCCUUUGGCAGCUCAUGUGGAAACAGGCUUCCAAUAGAUCGUCUGACUCUGAUUGACUGAUGCGAUUAGACGGAUCUGUGUGAGGGGCGACAGGUCAGUAUCCUCUGUGAUUGUUGCCCAAGAAAUCCAUAGCCUCUAAUUGCAGCUCUCUCCUUCCCCCCACAAUGCAACGCCUCUUCCAAAAACCCUGUCGCUCUCCUCCUGCAGUUUGAUUGGCCAUCAAUCCGUGUUUAUAGUUUGUAGUGUAGUUUUCGUUCAUUAUGAUGCAACUGCUAACGAUAACAUUUCAACUGCAGGUGUAAACGUGAAGCACAGACAUACAUCACCAGAGCGAGCAGCAACAAUGCACAAGUACUAGUGUGUUUCCUUUUUGCACCUUUUUAAAAAUGUUGAAUUAGUCACCUCUCUUUCAAAAACAUAGCAGACAUCAUUCUCAAAUUUAAGCUCCCUGUGUAAGGCUCUUUUAGUGAAGCUCUUUCUUCAUUUUUCUUAUCUUCUCACAGUACUUCUCUUAAAUCACUCGUCCAUUUUUGAAUAAGUGUUCCUGUUUUUGUUAGUCAGGGAAAAUUAGGAAAUCAAACUUUCCAACAGUAUUAGACAGGCAUGUCUGCAGAGGAGGGUUUGGGUCACUGAAAUUUAUUUUUAAGGUUGUUUUAUUUUCAGAAAUCUGACUUUAAUCUCAGAAUUAAGAGAGAAAAGGUCACAAGUCAGACCUCAGAAUAAAAAAUAUACAGCACUCCUCUUCUUGGAAAUGAGCCAAUGAUUAAAAAAAAAAAUUAGAGGUUAAUAUCUGACUGAAAAAAGUCAGAUAUUAUAUUUCAAGCUUAUAAUAACUAAUCAGUUAAACCACUUAUUCAUAUUUUUAUUACUGCCCCCAAACGCUGGUCAUAUGUUGUGUAAAAGCUAUAACACAUCUUUAAGCUAUGGCUGUACCUCUGUUGAAUGGCUCCUCCCAUAAUGCUAUCAUGCCUUACUACCCGGAUGUAAACAAGCACAGAUGACAGAUAGCAUCUUACAUUGUAACACAGUUCUUCAGUAUGUUGAUCACAAAAAAAGAGAGAUAAAGUUGUGUGUAAGCUGUGUUGCUCAAACUUAAAUACAACCAUCUGACUGGAGCAAUGUGUAACAAGCACAGCUACACAAGAACCAGAAGCUGGUGGUGCUAGCUCUGCUAAGGUCAUCUGAGCCUGGGAAAUUACUUUGAAAAAUUGUGCUCGAUUUUGAUUGUUUUCCAAGUGUUUUCUUACAUUUAACUAUCGUCUGAAUUUAAGUUUAUCCAAUCCAAUCCAUUUUAUUUAUAUAGCACAUUUUAAAAAACAACAAGGUUACCAAAGUGCUGCACAUCAAAUACCAACAGUAGAAAUAAAUGAUAGUACAAUUUAAAAUACAGUACAUUAAAGGUGACAUAUCAUGCAAAAUUGACUUUUUAAUGGUUCUCUACCUGAAAUAUGUGUCCCUGUCUACAAACCCCCCGAGAAUGAAAAGAAUCCAUUCUGCCCCUGUUCUGAUUUCUCCACCUUUCUGUAAAUGUGUGCUAAAACCAGCCGUUUCAGACUUCCGUGUUUUUGUUACGUAACAACAAUAUCCGGUCUGUCACGGAGUCAGAGCUCGGAGCUUGUUCAGCCCAUAGACUGUAUAAAAUAAUACUGAAUCCCUCCCCCGUUUUUCAUUACCUGCACAAAUGUGUGCUAACAAGGAGCUUAGGAGGGAGGCAUGCUAGUUGUAGGCUGUCUUAAUAAAUACAAAGGUCGGUUUUACUCCCCACGUCUGCAGAUUUGAAGAUCUAGUGGAUCAUUUUUAUUUAUCAUGGAUAAGUGCUAGCGCUAAUUAUCAUAGCCACAUAGCUAUAUGUUCAUAGCUGUAGCUGUAGCUGUAGCUGUAGCUGUGUACCAAGACACUCGUCGACAUACUGACAAAUAAAACAACAAGUAACACUAAAUCUGUGACCAAUCCUUCAGAAAGGUCCUGCUGCCUUUCUGGCAGAGGUCGGUUUUACUCCCCACAUCUGCAGAUUUGAAGAUCUAGUGGAUGAUUUUUAUUUAUCAUGGAUAAGUUCUAGCGCUAGUUAGCAUAGCCACAUAGCUACAUGUUCAUAGCUGUGUACCAAGACACACGUCGACAUACUGAUAAAUAAAACAACAAGAAACACUAAAUCUGUGACCAAUCGUUUCAGAAAGGUCCUGCUACAGGCGCCUCUCCGUCAGGAUCAGAUUCAGAGGGUUGAAGUAACGUGAUCUCUGAGCAGCCGUGUAUAUUCAGCCAACAUGUAAACAUUAGAUCAACGUGCUGGAGAGCCGAGGCACAUCCACUUCCGGAGGGGGCGUGGUCAGAGAGAAAACAGAGUGUUCUGAUGAGGAAUGAAGAAGAGGACUUUUCAGGCAUGCCAAAAUCUGAUUUCAAAGUGUUUUUUUGAGCAUAAACUUUAAAGACAUGUUUUGGGGACCUCUUAGACCAAUAUAUAUUGAUGAAAAAAGCGUGAUAUGUCCCCUUUAAAGGACAAACAGAGACCACACAAACUCUCAUGCUGUAUUAAAAGCCAGGGAGUAAAAAUUAGUUUUAAGACGUGAUUGACGUGAUUUAAAAGUAUCCAGGGUGUUUAAAUGACUCUUUAGAACGUCCCCCCGUCAGAAUAAGAAGAAAAAAGGUCAGACGUCAAAACACAUUUCAGUGGCCCCAUACCCCUUCUGUAUACGUGAAACCUGCAGACAUAAGAGUGUGUAUAAUUUGGAGGAUGUAUUUCCUUUGUGCACCUUUAAAAUGGGACUUCUGAAUUGGACACAUGUCGUUGAAAAACCUGAGAUAGGAAAAACAUAAUGUAUAAAAAACGCCUUCCUCCAUUUAGUGCUUCGUGUGUGAGGUUACUCUCAGCGGAUGCACUUUUAAAAUGUAUCUCCUUUUCACAUAUGCUUUACCUGCUCUUUGCACAAUUUUAUCUGGAAUAUUAUUUAAGGAAGCAUUACUUCUUUUUGUCGAUUGAGGAAAAACGAGGGAAACAGCAGAACAAAAAAAAAAAAACACACAAGAGGCAAAACAGAGAAAGAAAAAAAAGCCAGGCUGCUUGUUUGAAACAGAGCUGUUGCUUUGAAAUGUCACAGGUAAUUUUUCUGUUUUCUGAGGGCAUCAGGGUGUCAGAUCUCUGUUCCUUUCCUUUUUUAUCUUUUCUCCUCCAGCGCUGAAUAUCAAAGCGGGCAUGUUUGCAGAAUACAAGCAGCGAGCUCUACAACACCUGCAGUGCCAUGACUGAAGGCAGAGGCUGAUAGAAGAAGUAUACCUCCUCAGGAGUUAUUAACUCGCCGCCCUCUGAGAAGUAACAGUAAUAGAACAAUUUAAUAACUCACAUUUAGCCUUAAAGAAUGCAUCAUAUUUAGCUGCAGCCUCUCACAUGUGUUCACAGAGGUAGAACUGCUCGGCGGCUGGUUAAAGGGCACACUUUUAGCACUGGGAAAAGGUCAGAGCAGAAAGCAUGAACAAAGUUGACAUUCUGUAAUUAUAGAGAACUGGAUGUGCUCACAACUCUACUCAGUGACCUCCAGUCAGCAUCGCAACAUUAUAGAGUCAGUUCUGUUCCUACUCGCACUUCAUUUCCUCUCUUUAUCAUCUGUCGUCUUCUGCUCUGUCUGCCACUAGAGGAACCUUUUUUUCUGUAAGCUGGUGCAGGUUUUGAUAAGCGCUCUGUUACUUCUGCAGAGACGUAAUGUAAGAAAGUGACCGUCAGUCACCAGCUGAAUGUAGAAGAAAAGUCCUUCUUAUUUCAGUCUUUUUUUUAAGUUAUAUUUUGGGGCUUUUUUGCCAGGACAGCUGAAGAGAGACAGGAAAUGUGGGGAGUAGAGAGUGGGGGAAGACAUGCACUGAAUGGUCGACUGGACUACAGCUUCUGUACCAUAGACUGUAUGUAAAAUGGAUGUCAUCUCACUCGUCUCAAAGACCUUGUUUCCACCAAGCGGUCUGGUAUGGAUCAGUACAGUUUGGUACAGGUCGGAUCUGUAACGCCCAAUGGUGUAGAAUUUUUUUCUGGUGACUCAAAUGAUGGCUGAAAUGUCCCCACCAUUAUUAAGGUUGAUGGGAAAAAAAUGCGCCUCUUGCAGCGCACAAAGGUUUAAAAAAAAACCUUCCCAUUUCGGCACCGCCUCCCAAAUACGUCUUUGAGACCGGUCUGUUUUUUGAUUGGCUUAGCUCCCUGUUGGCUGUUUUUUUGCUUGCAGCUUUUGCCAGUGUUGACGGCGCACUCAUGUCUGAGGAUGUCGGCAGGCAAGAAAAAAAAGAUGGACAUUAGAAGCUAGUCACCAGAGGAAAAUAGUCCUCCCUCAUAGGCAACCGCUAAUGAAUGCAAAACAUCGUUUCUGUGGCUAUGUCCCCACCAAAGUCAAAAUCAAACCUACGCCCUUGGUAACGCCUGAUCCUGUUUGCGUUUUCACAGCCAACCGUGCCCUACUUGGUGGGCGCUGUGUAAGCCGGAUGCCGAUAGCCGCGCCAGCUACGUAAUAGCGUGUCACAGUGUACCCCGCUAAUAAAUGCAACGAAGAAGAAACACUCAAGGAAGUCUGCACCUCCACAGUCAACCAUGGAACACUGUUUCUUGACGCCAUUAUCCAAACAAAAAAUGUUAUCUUCCUGAAGUCCACUGGAGAUUUAAACAUGGCGGGGUUAUGUGUUGUUCUUUAUUACCGAUGAUUCUUUCGACCAAUCAACAGACUGCAGUGUUUCUAGCUCCACCUUCUGGGGUCGGAUCGGCAUGUCUGGCACCCCAACAGAAGGGUACCAAAAAGUGGGAUGGUACGGCUCAGUAAUUUGGGGACCUGUCCCGGGUUUUAGUCAAUGGAAACGCCACAAAAUGCGUGCCAGACCGAGACGAACCAAACUGAACCGCUUGGUGGAAAUGGGGCUAAAGUGAGGCCGCCACAAAAACUGCUCCCCCUAGUGGCUGGCUGUCGUACGAAUGUUUCUCACAUCCAUAUGCUGUGGUGAUAUGUAGCUAUUAUUUGACUGUUUUGUGCUCAAGGCCUCUUUUUCCUGAAAAGUUUCUUUCAUUAGUUAUUAAAGGUUAAAAAACGGGGUUUUACAUCCGGUUUUAAUUUGAUAGACAGCUGCUGUAGAGAGAAACUCUGUAGGACCUCUGGACGGUAUAAAUUCCCUACUGCACAGACUCUGGCUGCAGAAAAUGUACAAGAUGACAGCAAUCUGGAACGGGAUAUUUUGGCUUCAAAACCGUACAAUGGGAAAAGGUGGAGCGACGCUGUCCAUUAUAUAUACAGUCUAUGCUUUACACGUGGGGGCGCUUAGACCGCUUGGCCACCAGAGCCCAGAUAUUUCACUCCUUUUAAAGCAUCUUUGCUCUGUCCUUCCUUUUCAACUUUUUGUUCACCCACAUUUCCCCAAAGUUUUCCAACCAUCACUAGGAGGUGCUAUUUCAUCGCCCAAAACUUGCGACAUGCUUGCAACUGAGGCAGCAUUUGAGAUUUAAAAUGCUCUGUACCGAUCCCUUUUACUUGAGGAGAACAAACCUUCUGGGUUGCACCUUUUUACAAUCUCUUCCUCCUUUCGUUGGAGCCUGCUUGGCGGUCGUGCUCGGCUCAUGUACAGGCGCUGAAGGAUAAACCUCACCUGGUGCUUCAAACUGGAAAUAUUUUGUAGAAAGAGCGAGCCCCUUACUCGAUGGAGUCCAGAGAGAGGCGAGCGAACAAAGUCACACUGACCUAUUAUCAAACGUGUGAUGUGCCGCUGACACUACAUCGCAACUGGAGUUUACAUGCAGAGCGUUCUUGUCCUCUGCAGAAUCAGCAGCACUCUCACUUCAACAGGAGCAGCUCUCAGAUCACAGAUUUGUUUGUUUGUGUGUAGGUGAAACGUUUAGCUUUGUUUUCUUUGCAUUGAAACUUUAAAAAGAAUCACUUUACUUCAUCCUCUGGUAACACCAUUCAGACGAUAACCCUGCUUGUUUUCAGUUCUGAAUUUUUAUAGAUCUACAUUUUGCAAAGAACCUCUUCAAAUCUGUUCCACGGCUGAUUCAGAUGUACUGUAGUAAUAACUCAAAGAAUGAAGAUUGUGGUUUUGUUGCUGUUUUUUUAUUUUUCUUUUGUACAUGAAUGUAAAAUGAAAAACCACCUGUGCAGCCACGAGGAUCCUUCAAACUGGAGCCCGCUGGGGGGACGGUUCCUGUGUCCCAGCCAGAGCUCUGUGUUGAACACAGACAGCACAGAAAGAGGUCAGGGGUCAGAGUGUGUACAAGCUGGUUUGUCUUGCAGAAGAUGCAUUGAGAGAAACUGAACAUCUAAAGAGGGACCUGCACAGAGCCUUGCAAAUGUGAUCCUGUUCUGCUGGAGGGUUCAGACGAGCAGAUCCUGGGUCCGAUGAUGUCUACAGAUAAAGUUUUGUUUUUAAUUCUGCUGAAUGACUAACUUAAACCUUCUCUGACAGACUAUUCAUUCUGUUUUUUGUUGUCACGUGUGGCCAGUCUCACUCAUUUCAGUCUUCAUCACAAGCAGAGUGAUGAAAAACAAACUCUGUUAUCUGUAACCACUAUUUGACCCAGCCUCACACCGGGUUCCUACACAUGUCUGAAAGUCUCAAAGUGAUCAAAAACCGAUAUUUAAAAACAGGUCUUUGAUUAGGAGACGUCCCCCCUCGGACCGCCCUCACAGGAUCUUGAAUAUCUGGAGGUUUUUCGUGUCCUCAGCUCACCCUGCUCAGGCUCCAAUCAGCUCUAUCAGGUUUUUCUUCCUCCAGAGACCGGGUUCAGUCUGCUCCAGCCGAGCCAAGCUGUGAAGACAUACAUUUUCAUUGCAGCCUCACAGCAGGGGUCGGCUGGUCCUGCAUGAUAGGACCACAGCCAGCCUGUGACGGUCUCCUCCUCCCUCUCUUCUUUGUGCUUUAUUCACUGCUCAGCUUGUGCUGUUGUGUGAGAUAGAAAUCUUGCUGUGGUCAGCCCUUAACAUUUUUCUGUCUUGGAGUUUAGUUUCCCUCCUGUCUUCUUGUUCACACCUUCAGGUCUCAGCCUCUUUGUGAUCACUCUCUGGAUCACUUUUGGAUGUACGGCAGCAACCUCAAGGUGCUCUGUGGAGUUUGUGUUGAAUUCAUCUCUAGUCAAAAAUUUGAAAAGUUCUUUUUAAAGACAUUUAUGAACAAUGCAUCUUGCUUUUGCUUUUGUGUGCACACCAUCACACGCACAGAUUGCAGCCACUGAUAAAAACUUUGAGUGAUCACAAACUCCACAAGACACCGUUAAGUUCCUGCUGAUGCAGAUCAAGAGUCUCCUGCUCACGCUGCGUCACGUUUCAAGUUUUAACCAGCGAGCCAGUCGGAGGCUUUGACUUUGAAGAAAUGCAGAGCUUCCACUGUGAGGACUCCAAACUAGGGAAGUGUUUCAUCUUCUUUAUUUCAUUAGACUCAAUGUAAGCCAGAUUCAUCUGACAAGUCCAGAUAAACAUCUUAUUUCAGGACAAAAACAAGACCUGAAUUGUUUGUAAUGAGAUAAAAGACAUUAUUCUUGGACAGGUACAUUUUUGUUACCCUAUAGGUUGAUUUUGUACUCAUCACAAGCAGUCCAGGUCUUCUUCUUGGCUUCUAAUAUCUUGAAGUAAGACGCCUAUCUUGACUUGUCAGCUGACUGUGGCUCAUAUUCAUUCUAAUGACAUAAAUAAGACUAAUGCACUUCCUUAGUUUUGAGUGUCUGCAGCGUUGUUUGCAGUCUUGCUCUGUAACAAAAUCCCUGCUUCGUACCAAGAUGCUUUUUUGCCAGCAGAUCAAUUUUCAACAUGAUGUGGUGAAAUAUUAACAGACUUCUUCUGCAUGCAGUGACCUUGUGUGAUUUGGGAAAACCUCCUCCAUAUUUAUGGUAUAAUUUUUGGACUUCUCUCGGUUCAGCUUGACGCAGAAUCUCUGCCCUUUCUGUACAACAUGCCUGAAAAGUCUUGCGUGGGUGUGUCUUUUUAAAAACCACAUUUUUUGGAUAAGAAUGCACCUUCUCUUUCUUGAAUCCCUCGCUUUCUUAACCCCGCUACAAAUCAAAACUUAAGAGCACAAAACAAACCUUCACAGUGUCCAGAGGGAACUUGAAUCACUCGGUUUAAAUCAUCUGACUUCCUGUAUUGUGGUCGAACGCAUGAGAGCCCAGCUGUAAACAUGAACUUUACCGUGUUCACUGUUCUGACGCUAAAUAGCAAGAAUCCUGGAGUCCUAAAGUUCAGAUUUUCCACAUGAUCUCAGCCCCACCUUCAUUUGAAGCCGCUCGGAUGUGCUUCUCCAUGUGGAAGCUUGUAAAGGGAAAUGUGUAGGAACCCUGUCCGCCGUCUGCCUGUCUUACACGGGACUUCCACCAGAUCCGUGUCCGGUCUGUCUCAGAUCCGUGCGCUCUCGUCCGUCAACACCCACCGGUUGCGUUUUUGGAACGCAGCACAGAGCAGGACCGCCGGACAGCUGGAGUCAUGUGACAGAGGUUUUCCCUCUCCUCAUCCAUGUUGUCUUUCUGGUCCAAUGAAAACCUCUGACCUCUUGACUCCAGGCCUGGCUCCGCUCAUCAUGACUUUUUGUUGUCAUAGCUAAGUUAAAUACGAUCUGGUGAUAACACAGAGUGUAUUAUUCUGAAAAUGAACCAGAUGUUUUCAUCUUGUUUUGGAGCCUGACUUCCUGUCUCGCUCUAUCUGCUCUGUUGAGAUUGAUGCAUCCAGCAACAAUAGAAGUCCUGGAGCGGAUCCAGUGGAAGUUAACACAUUGACUAGAAUAGAAACCUAUCAGAUCCGGUGCCGUGACGGAUCGGAGACGGACCGGACCUUGGAUCUGGUGGAAUCUUGCCUUUAUGUGUCUCAGUUUAUAGAAAUGUGCAGCUCCCUCUAAACCGCCUGCUUUUCCAAGCCUCAAACUUUAUCGGGUAACUUCCAACGGCCUUCAUUCCAGCGCCUUAACCUCUGUGUUAACUGGUAGAAACCUGCAACAAAUACAUAUUUAUAAACUGUAAAUUAAUACCAGGAAAGUUCCUUAUAUUAACGUGACAAGCAGAGAACACUGGCAGCAUUAAUAUGUGUUUAAAAUGCUUUAACACAGCGGGUUAAAGCUCAGGAAGAAGGCCGCUGUAAGAUCUGGCAUUACCCUCUUUCUUUCUUUCUGUAUCUCUUUGUAUAGCGGCAUUAUAUAUACUGAGGAAGUAGUUUGUUAAUAUGUAUAAUUUAGCAGUUGCUGUUUUCUUUGUAAAUAAUGAGAAAGUAUUGUGAAUGACUUUGUUGAAUGGUUUUAAAAAUCAUUUAUGGCGAAACCUCUCCAGGCUUUUAUAAAUGUGACUGCAGUACAUAGCAUAUUUUGUAUGUCAGAGCGCAGUGUAAAGAUGAACAAGCAUUACUAGAAGCUGAUGAAACUACGUGUAAAACUUGAGGAUAAUAGCUAGCUGAACUUGUAAUUACUGAUGUACAUAAAAGAAUGACAGAACAUUUUUGUCUAUUAUUAAAUGUGAAAACCUA